ACUGUUCUUGUUUUUGUUCUUGUUCUUGAUUUUAAGAGCUAGGAACAACAUUUUUUGUUCUUGUUCCUUGAAAAUAUUGGAACAAUACAACUCUAGUUUAUUUACAAUGUUGAUUAGUAAACUUCCAGAUGAUUGUUUGCUCACCAUUUUUGAUUAUUUGAAUAACUUGGAUGAUUUAGUAAACUGCUUUAAAGUGUGUAUCAAGUGGAGUCACUUAAUUGCUAAGCGAACCAAAAAAAUUAGAUAUUUGAAAGCUACUCGUGCUGAUUCAAAUGAUUCUGUUUAUUUCACUGGAUUGAAACCAAUCGAUGGAAGUUGUUUAAAGACAUUAUUUUCAAAUUUGCUAAUUGCUCAAAUAACACAAAAACUACUACAAAAAAUAAACCACAAGGAUGUUGUUGCCUUUUUGAAAAAUCACAAAUCUUUGAAAGGAUUGAUUCUUUCUGAUCACAUAACAAACUAUUUGAAUUUUCUCAAUAUCGAAAUGGUUUGCUACAACUGGAUUGAUAGCCUAAGACUAAAACGUUUCAAUGUGAAACAAUUACACACUUCGCUCGAUCUUCUGAAUAAUCUACACAAAUAUAAUUUCUCAAAUCUUGAAAGGCUUUCUAUCACGAAUUGUGGUUCUGCAAAAUGGUACAAACGUCCAGUAUUGGCAAAACUCAAAAUAUUUGAAUGCACCCAACCAUUUAAUGAUUUUUCAGGCAUUCAUCAGAGUUUCCACUUCAUCGAUUCAUGUCCAAACUUACAAAGUGCAUAUAUUGUCGUGAAUCGUGAUCGCUAUUUUGUUAAUGAGUCUUUGGAACACCAAUUUUUGCAAGAUUUAGUUAUAUAUUUUAAAGAUAUUGCGAGAAUCGACUGGAAUCAAUUAAAAAGAGUGAUACUGAAAUAUCCAAAUCUCAAACAUCUUGCGUUGAGAGCAAAGCUGACCAGAAAAGAUUGGCAUAUCGAAGGUACCUUGGACAUGGAAAAUAAAUGGAUAGAGCAAUUGGUUCGUAUUUUACCCAAUUUAGUGCUACUUGAUGUUCGCGGAUGUCGUGGAGUCACUCAAACCGCUGCUGAUUACGUGCAACAUUAUUGUAAACGAUAUGGAAGAUCAAUCAAGUUUUACUUCAACGAGAAUCGCCAUGAAAUCAAAUCAGAUUGGCCUCACUUAUCCACUAAAAUCGAAAAAAUUAGUCGAGGCUUUGACUUCAUGAAAAAUUGCUUUUUGAAACGUCCGCAUGAACUUCCAUGUUUCUUGAUUCCCAUUGAAUAUUUAUAAGAACAUGCUCAUUAAUACAUACAAAAUUACAAUAAUAAUUAGCAAGGUUAUUGUCAUAGUUUAUUAAAUUAGGAGAAGAUAUGAUUUCGUGAAAUUACA